CCCCAAGCCACCAAAACUUCCCAGGCCCCUGCCACCAAAACUUCCCAGGCCCCUGCCACCAAAACUUCCCAGGCCCCUGCCACCAAAACUUCCCAGGCCCCUGCCACCAAAACCUCCCAGGCGCCUGCCAACGCACCCGUGACCUCCAGUACACCUGUGAGCGUCACCGUCAGCGGCAGCACCACCACCGGCGGCGCAAUGACCAAGUUCUUGUCUUCUACCGGAGGGGCGAAGAGCGGCCAAGGGAACUCGCGUAGCCCACGGGUGCCGCCCCCGCACCGCCUUAUCCGUCAGCACUCGCUGGCGGCGGUGCUGGGGCUCUUUCGUGGGCGGGAUGAGCGUGGUGUUGGUCUUUCCGAAAUACCAGAUGACUGGCACACCGUCAGGGAGGAGCCGGAGGAUCUGGAAAGAUCUUCAGGCAGCAACAACUCUCGCUCACACUCGAUCCCGUCCACUUCGGUGCCGCACCUGCCGCAAGAUGCUCGCCGCAAGCGACGCAGCUCCUGCCAUACCGAUAUUUCAGGGAUGACACAGAUUAUUCCCAUCAUCCCACCUCACGCUAUCAAAAAGAAACCUCUGACCAGCGAGGUAGCAGCAGCGGCUGUGACGACUCGUCGGUGUUCCCUGACGCUGCCGUAUGCGAGGCUGUAUGGGUCGUGGCAGAGCACUGUGUCUGCCCCUGGUAGCCGCCAUGGUAGUAACGAGAUGCCUCCUUCGGCUGGUGUCUUACCUCGCCGAGGACCAUCUGUACAGGUGGAGAUGACCCAUAUAGGGGGAGGCGCCCCCGCCCUCCCUAACAGCUGCACUUCUGCCCAGGCGACAUCGACGAUGACCGUUACGUCGUCGACUAUUGUUACCACCUCCUCCAUGACAACCUCCUCCUCGACAGCCCCUCUCCUUCCCUCCACCCCCCAUGACCUCCUGUGUGACACUGGUCUUGUUACCCUGAAUGAGGCUAUCACUCAACUCCUCGCUUGCACCUUACAGAAAGUUCCCAUGAAGGACUUCGGGUCGGAGGUGCGUGCCUCCAUGGACAUCGCGCACUUCCUGUCCCAGGCGACGCUGGCGCUGGACAUUGUGGAGACCUCCCUGGAGGGCAUCUGUGACAUGCUCCUCACAAAGUUGUUGGAGCAGGACGAGCCUCUCUGCUCUGUAGCUGAGGCCAAGUCCAUACUCUUCACCCACGACACAUGUGAGUACUCAUAUCCUUGUAGUAUGAUGCGGGGGACACACCCACCGGCCCACACAUAG